AUGGAAACCCCUGUGAUUUCCUGCGGAGCUGUACAAACCCCAUCUUGUGAAACCACAUUCACCUUUGCAUUUGCUACAGGGGUUCAUGCUGCAGAAAAGUUUGCUGAAAUAGACAUAGUACGUCUACAGAGAUACAAAGUCCCUAUUAUGAGAGUUGCCAGAAAUCUGUGCAUAGAUCCAGCACUCAUUGCUGCAAUCAUAUCUGUGGAGAGUCGUGUUGGAGCUACUCUAGUCGAUGGCUGGAACCGUGAAAGAACCCAAUAUGGCUUGAUGCAGGUUCAUACACACCACAAUUCGAUUCCUGGAGCUUGGGAUAGCGAAGAUCAUAUAACUCAAGGUGCAACUAUUCUAGUUAGAGGAAUUAAGGCAUUACAGACAAAGUACCCUACCUGGUCAUCGCAACAAUAUCUCAGAGGUGGGAUUUGUGCCUAUCAUCACAAGGUUAGGAAUAUCCAGGUCUAUGACGGAACGGACAAUUGCAAUUCGAGCAAUGAUUAUGUUAAUAAUGUUAUUAUUCGAGCCAAAUAUCUGCAGAAAAAUGGAUUCGGCAUUUUAUCGUAA